ACAAAUUCCCGAUUAUUUCUUCUCUCCAAUCCAUCCAUCGCACCGCUCCUCCACGAUUAUUCCACUGCACGGAGACACAGCCAGCCAUGGCGACGGUCACGCCGGGGGUGCUGCUCAAGCUCCUGCAGGCCAUGCACACCGACGAGCGCGUCGCCGGCGAGCACCGCUCCCCGCUCCUCCAGGUCACCGCCGUCGUCCCUGCCCUCACCGCCUCCACCUCGGACUCCCUCCUCCCCCCCGCCAACGGCUUCCUCCUCAACCUCUCCGACGGCCUCCACUCCACCUACGUCCAGCUCCCGCCCGCUGACGCCGACGCGCUCCUGCUCUCCGCGCGCCCGCACCUCGUCGGACACCUCGUCCAACUCGACCGCCUCCGCUUCGCCCGCCCCGUCCCGCGCGCCGUCGGACUCCGCCUAGUGCCCUCCGCUCGCGUCGUCCCCUGCGUCGGCAACCCCGAGCCCCUCGUCGCCCGCCCCGCCGCAUGCUCCCGGGGCUACGUCAUCCAGCCCGCCGCCUCACCCUCCGACGCCGCGCCGCCGCUCAUGCCAUCCGGUUCACACAUCCAUGAUAAUGACGCCGUCAAAAGGACGGUCCUUGGGCCCAAGAACGUCGUCUCCGAGGCCGCGCCACCGCCGGCCGGCUCGGCCGUCAAGCGGCGGUUUUCGUCCCCGGCGCCAUCCAAGCUCCGAGAUCCGUCGCCUUCCGUGAAAGGCGGCUCACGGGCAUCCUCGCCCUCGGUGAAGGGCGCCUCCCGAGCGUCCUCGCCCGCGGUGAGUGGCACGCCCAGGGCGACGUCGCCGGCGCCUUCCAAGUGCGUGGUGCCGAGCCUCGUUGCGGCCAAGGAGGAGAACCGCAGGGCGGCCAGGGAGCCGGCGAUUAUCGUCCCAUCAAGGUAUCGGCAACCUUCACCUGCUGGAGGGAGAAGGGGUGCGGCGUCUCCAGGGAUCGGUGGGAGGCGGGCAUCUCUGUCCCCUAGUUCUCGGCGGCUGUCCGGGGAAGGGAGCAGCAAGAAGAAGGUCGGGGUUUUGGUUGCUGGGAUCUCCAAGAUGACAGAUUUGGGUAACGGUUCGGCAGUUAUGCCGGGGAGGAAGAACUGGGACGAUCCAACAAUAUCCCUUGCGCCUGCGGCGGCUGCAGGUUCCUUGAUGAAAUCCAGGACCAAGGAAGACAAAGAUACUAUUCUGAGGACUCAGGAAGCGAUGUCAAGGCGACUCAGUGACGCUACAACAGAACAAUCCAGUAACGACGAUUCAUCUGAUGAGAGACCAAAGCCACGUAAGAAGAUAGAUUCUACCUCACUGAAGAUGAAAACCACAGCUCCGAAAAUUGUCGUUCAUGAUCCUAAAUGGACGGAUGGUAGCAUUCCAUUGGAUGCAGUUUCUGAUAAACUUUCAAAGCUCGGGAAGGAAUCUAUUGAACGGAGAGAUGCAGCAACAACUGCUGCAGCUAGUGCUCUGCAGGAGGCAUUGAUCACUGAAUCUGUUAUCAGGAAUCUAAGCAAAUUUUCUGACAUUUCCUUGUCGUCAAAGACCUCCAAUCCACUCCCAAUAGUCGAUCAUUUCCUUGCUCUUUAUGAAGAUACUCUCAAGUGGAAGACCAUUGCUGAGUCUGUAGUGACCAAUGGAGCAGAUGAAACAUUCUUGGAGAAAUCAACUACUCAAUGGGUCGAAGCUGCAUUGGCCACAGAUCUUGAAGUCCUCAAACUACUGAAUGGUGCUACUGAAUCCAUCUCACGGAUGAAGAGCACCAAUAAGCCCAAGACUCCUUUGGUGGAACCACCAAGAACAAGACUGCCCAAGAAGCAAUCACUUGGAGCUUCUGCAAAGGUCCAAUCGAAGGUCUCACCGUGCCCUCCAGUGAGCUGCACAUGGAGUAACACUGAGGGCAUGAACGAGACAGUUGAGCUUGCUAAGACCUUGUGGCGUGAGAUGCAUAUGUGGUUCCUGAAUUUUGUGGAUGAAUCACUGGAUGUGGGCUUCCACUUUUUUGAAGACCAGAAUGUUGCAACUAGGGGAAAUCACAGCAGCCACAUAACGAUGGUUCUGUCACAGUUCAAGAAGAUCAGCGACUGGUUGGAUCAAGUUGGGAAGGUUGCAGAGGAAGUGACAACCAAGAAGAAGAUUGAGUGCUUAAAGUGCAAAAUUUAUGGGUUUGUCAUUAGCCACAUGGGGUCUGCAUUCGAGACUUCAGUCUCAGUUUCAUCUAACACGACUAAGAGUUGAGGGAUGCUUCAUGCUCUGAAGCUUCCGGGCUUCUAUUUCUUUCUUUCUUUCUUUCUUUUUAUUGCUGAAAUUAAGGUUACACAAUUCAGUAGUGAAGAGGCGUGGGCUACAAUUGUAGCACUGGUGUUGUUUUCUCUUCUAAUUUAUGACAUUUUCCUGUGUGAAUAAGCUAUCUCCAAAUGCCUUGUGUGUUUAUCAGUUAUGAAGAAAAUCAGGCCAUGUUGCUUCAUGGUUCAGAUUUCAUUU